CACGCGGCGGCGGCGGGCGCGGGGGGAGCCGCUGGAGUUGGUCAGAGGCCCGUGGACGCCGCUGGGACGCUGUCGGUGCAUGUGAGCCGCAGCAGACGCGGUCCGUCCGCAAGCAGGGGACUAUGACCGAGGCAGCGAGCCUAGACCCGUUGUGCUGGGUCGCCAUCGUAUCCGUCACGAUGAACGCCAUUGGCGCCAGCGCCUGGCUGCUGACGUCACUGCGCGCCUGGAGCCGCGGUCGGGACACGGCCGCCGCCGACGCCGCCCGGGCCACGUGCGUUGCGUGCACGGCGGACAACAGGAUGUUCAGGGUGGUGGACCUGGUCCUGAGUCAGGCGUUGGCGCUGUACGCGCUGGUCAUGCUGCUGUGGCUGCCGCUGCUCGAGCACAGUUUCCUGCCCGCGAACGACCUCGUGUCGCGCUACAUGGCCCCGGCGCUCUGCGUGGCCAUCGGACGCCACGUCUUCUGCUGCUGCCGCGGCUGGCGCGCUGGCCGUAGCGCUGUUCCCAGUCUGACGCACGCCGUCUCCGCCGUCUGCCUGGGCCUCUUCCUCUACUCGGGGCGCAUGCACGUGCUGGCUGCGCUGGCGCUGACGGUCGAGAUCGGUGGCAUCUACAGUCACCUGAUGGGCCUGGUUGGCGAGCGGCGCGCCGCCCGCCUGCCCAGCUGGGUACCCGGCCUCGGCGUCAUCCUGUCCCUCGUCUUCAACGGCCUCGUCUACCUGGUGGUGCUGGCGCUGGCACUGGCGCGCCGCAGCCCAACGAACAUGCCGCCGCUCGACGUCAGCCUAUUCUUCUUCUUCAUCACCUACAGCUUCAUCAUGAACACGUACUCCAUCUACGUAAUGAUCGCGUCCUUCUUCAACAUGAUACUGGAGGAGCGCAUGGCCAGCACGUUGCGUCUAUCGGAGCGGCAGCAGCAGGAGCGGGGGCAGGCCCGGCCCCUGCCCGCCCAGGCCGUGGCAAACAUCCGGUCUGCGCUGGCGGCGGCGGCGAACCCGGCGCGCCCAGCGCCGGACGUGGCGCCGGGUCUGGCCGACGUUAAGAGCAGCGACAGCGCCGUGCUGGUCACCAACAUGGUGUAGGCCUGCCUUGCGGCCGCCUUCGCUGAAGUGGCGCCGGAUCGUCUCGGAAGGGUGCUGCUCCACCGAGACGGACGGACGUCUCUGCCGGUGCUCCUGUCGGCGUGCCAGGCCACCUGGAAACGGAUCGACGAUCUCUCGCCAUGAGCGGCGCCGUGCCAGGCCACCUGGAAACGGAUCGACGAUCUCUCGCCAUGAGCGGCGCCGUGCCAGGCCACCUGGAAACGGAUCGACGAUCACUCGCCACGAGCGGCGCCGUGCCAGGCCGCCGCGUUUUACGUCUGACUGCGCCGCCGUGUCCGCCGGCUGCGGCCCCUUUACUCAACGCGCGGUGUUCAUGUGACGCUCUGUGGAGAUUACCGUAUUUUCGAGGGAGGACUGUCGUGCCCUAGUCUGUGUAUUGUCUGACCCUGAGCUUGACGAAUGGUUCGAAUGUCGAAUGUUCUAGGCUGAGACGCGCGGCCACGCGCGUGGCAUUACCACCUGUGGAGUUCGGACUGCUGCUGUGCGUGUCACGUUUUAUAGAUAUUUAUUUUCCACUGUGAAUACACGUGAACGAUUCUGCCCGUGUGAGUCCGAGAUGGCCUGUUUUCCGUGAAUACCGUUACCAGUACAUCGGUGUGCAUAAGGCCCGUAUAUCACGCGUUGCUCGGGUCAGGCGAACGGCACGUUGUUCAGCGUGGAUCUUUUCAAAAUAUACUGUCCACAACAC